GUUUUCUAUUUUGACGAAAUGCCAGCCUGUUGCGCGCUAAACUGCACGAACCGACCAGAAAAGUCUUCGGGAAAGACAUUUCACGCGUUUCCGCGCUCUAAGCCGCGAAUCUUCCAGAAAUGGCUCGCCAACCUGAAGAGGGACAAGUGGAAACCGUCUCCGGGCAGCAGACUAUGCAGCGACCAUUUUGCCGAGUCGUGUUUCGACCGCUCGGGCGCUAGAACCCGGCUUCGGGGCGAUGCCGUCCACACGCUGUUUGCUUUCCCGGACGACUCGCAGAAGAAAGCUCCGGAAAGGAAAGCACCCAAGCAGAGAGGCAAAAUUCUUGACUUGGCCCCAGAGGACGAGCCACCCAUGAGCCCAGUGGCACCAUUGCCUGGGGCUUCACGCAAAAAAGGUCUUCAAAGGAGAGCACCCAAGCAGAGAGGCCAAAUUCUUGAAUUGACCCCAGAGGACGAGCCACCCAUGAGCCCAGCGGCACCAUCGCCUGAGGCUUCAGACAAAGUGCUUGACCACGACUACGCCGUCUUGGACAAUCCUAAGGUUCUGAAAAAGAGGCUCGAGAAAUGCACAGAUGCCAUAGAAAACAUCAAGAAGAAACUGAAGCUCAGCGAGCAGCGCGAGCGCCGGCUGAAAAACAAGGUUACUUCGCUAAGCAAAAUUGUCGAUGACCUGAAGAGCAAGCUUCUUGCUUCAAACGACGCUUGUGCCAUGCUUGAGAAGUGCUUCUCAGGAGUGCCUCAGAAGUUAUGCAGCACACCUUGAAGCAAUCAAACGAAAGGGGCGAACUUGCCAGGCCUAGCCGGUAGCAGUACUCAACCUAAUUGUGCAUUCACAGCAUUCCUGCGCAGGCCAGUGAAGUCAGAAAGAACAAAACAGAGCUUCUAUGCAGCCCCAUAGUAGAUGAGAUGCCCAUUAGAGAGCACGUGGAGUGGGAUGGGCAUGAGAGGUUAUG